CGGACGGGCGCGCGUGGUGCCGGGUGCCGGCUGGAGACUCCGUGGGAGCGCGGCCGGGAGGCCUCGCCCCGGAGCGGGCCCGGCGCCUCCCGAGCUGGCAGGGCCCUCGGCGGACGGCGUAGCGUGGGCUUCCUCCUCCGACCAGGGAAAACAGAGAGAAUGAAAGCCUAUCUGAAGAGCGCAGAAGGUUUUUUUGUCCUAAAUAAAAGUACCACAAUUGGAAGGCAUGAAGAUUCAGACCUUGUUUUACAGUCCCCUGACAUCGACAACCACCACGCGCUCAUCGAAUAUAACGAGGCGGAGUGCAGCUUUGUUCUCCAGGACUUCAAUUCCCGCAGCGGCACGUUUGUCAACGAGUGCCACAUUCAGAACGUGGCUGUGAAGCUCAUCCCUGGGGACAUCCUGAGAUUUGGGUCUGUGGGGCUGACCUAUGAACUGGUCAUCGAAAACCCACCCCUGGUCUCCUACCCAUGGAUGAGGGGCCCAGUACCAUGGCCAGGGCCACACCCACCUCAUGCCACACAGCGGCCGAACCAGGGCACCCCGCCACAUAUCCCCUUCCACCAGGGCAUCCAGCCAGCACCAGUGCAAAGGAGCUGGUCCCAGGGCUUCCCCAGACCCACCACGGUCCCCCCAGCCUCCCACCGGCGGCCUGUGAGCGCCAGAGAGGAGAUGUUCUCAUUCGUGGUGGAUGGUGCCCGCAAGCCCUCCAUCAUCAAGCAAGUGUGGACCAAUGCCAGGAAACCGUCAGAACAGUCAGUGGCCGAGGGGAUUCCUGGGGUUCCCAGCGCGGAGAUUUAUAUGGAGCAGGACCUGGCCCAGCAGGAAAAGGAUGAAAUAAUUCUCCUGCUGGGAAAAGAGAUCAGCCGUCUCUCAGAUUAUGAAAUCGAAUCCAAAUAUAAAGACGUCAUAAUAGCAAACCUGCAGAACGAAGUGGUGGAGCUGAGUCAGAAGCUGUCGGAGACCUCUACCUCCAGGCAGACUGAGAGGGAGAUCACGCAGAAGUGUCAGGUUCUGGAUGAAGACAUCGACAAACAGAAAGAGAUCCAGAGCUUGAAAAGCCAGAUCAGUGCCCUACAGAAAGGCUACAGCCAGGUGCUGUGCCAGACCCUGUCCGGGCGGAACUCAGAAAUCGCAUCCCUGAAGAAUGAGGGGGAAAAUUUAAAGAGGGACCACGCUAUCGCAUCAGGGAUGGUGUCAUCUUUGCAGAAAGACAUGUUAGCAAAGGAUGAGCAAGUUCAACAACUAAAGGAAGAGGUCAGUCAACUAAAAAGUCAGAACAAGGACAAGGAUCACCAGCUGGAAGCCCUUGGCUCUAGAUGCUUGGUGCUAAAGGAAGAGUUAAAGCAGGAAGGUGCUCACAGGGAGCUCAGGGAAGCCCAGGAGAAAGAGUUAAAACUCUGCAGAACCCAAAUCCAAGACAUGGAGAAAGAAAUGAAGAAGCUUAGGGCGGAGCUGAGGAAGAGUUGUACUGAACAGAGCGUGAUCUCUAGGACCCUGAGAGAAAAGAACAAGCUAGAGCACUUCAGAAGUCAAGUCAUCAAGGCCACCUACGGACGGGCAAAGCCAUUCCCAGACAAGCCUGUCACCGACCAACAGCUAAUAGAGAAAAUCACCCAGAUCACUGAGGACAACAUCAAUUUUCAGCAGAAAAAGUGGACCGUGCAGAAGGAGACCCAGCUCAGCAACUCCAAGCGGGAGGAGACCACCGAGAACAUUGAGACGUUGAGGACGUCGCUGGACAGCUGCCAGGCUUGCAUGACGUCCUGCUGUGGCAGUGACCUGAAGAAGGAGGUCGACCUUCUUCAGCACCUCCAGGUGAGCCCACCUGUCUCGGGGCUCCAGAAGGCGGUUCUCGACAUCCUGAGGCACGCGCUGUCCUGGCUGGAGAAGACGGAGCAGCUCCUCCGGGACCUGCGGAUCCCGCCCUCCAGCACCGACAAAGGGUUCUCUUUGUACCUGAUACAUCUUCUGGAACAUUAUAAAAAACUUACAAGCCAGACCCAGGAACUUCAGAGCAAGUUCAGUUCUCAGGAAACUCAGCAGUCUUUACUGCAAGAAAAGCUGCAGGAGCAUCUGGCAGAGAAGGAGAAGCUGAACAAGGAGAUGCUAGAGCAAGAGGAGAAGCUGAAUGCCAAAAUCAGGCAACUGAUGGAAGAGAAGGCGGCUUUGGAGGAAGGCAUUACUCAGGAGAGAAACAGAGUGAAAGAGACUUUAGAGAAAGAACUGAAGAGAAGGCAAGAGCAGGAGGACCUCCUGGCCCAGCAGAAGAAGGCUUUGGCGGAAAGCAUUACCCAGGAGAAGAAGAGAGUGAAGGAAGCAUUAGAGGAAGAACAGACAAGAGUCCAAGAGCUGGAGAACUGCUUGGCCCGCCAGAGGGAGGUUUUGGAGAGCAGCAUGGCCCAUGAAAAAAGGAGAGCAAAGGAAGCCUUGGAAUCGGAAAAGAGAAAAGUUCAGGAUCUGGAGAACCACUUAACCCAACAGAAGGAGAUCUCAGAGAGCAGCCUUGCCUACGAGAAACACAAAGCAAAGGAGGCCAUAGAGAAGGAAAAGAAAAAGGUGCAAGACCUGGAGAAUCGCUUAACCAAGCAGAAAGAGGAAAUGGAAUUCAAAGAGCAAAAACAGGACGUUUUAAAUAAUAAAUUAAGUGAUGCACUGGCCAUGGUCGAAGAGGCUCAGAAAACAAAGACAACUGAAAGUCUAAAAGCAGAGAGCCUCGCCUUGCAAUUAAAUGAAACAUUAGCUGAACUGGAAACUGCCAAGACAAAAAUGAUCAUGAUGGAAAACCAGCUAAUCCUGCAGCAGCAGAGGGUAAAGGCGCUCCAGGAUGAGCAGGAAUCGCAGAGACACGGGUUUGAAGAAGAGAUCCUGGAAUAUAAGGAGCAAAUCAAACAGCACUCCCAGACAAUUGUGAGUCUUGAGGAGAGACUCCAGAAAGUCACUCAGCACCAUAAAAAAAUAGAAGGCGAGAUUGCAACGUUGAAGGACAACGAUCCAGCCCACAAGGAAGAAAGGCCACAAGACCCUCCGGUGGCUCCCACGACGGACAGCAGUGCCAAAGACAUGGCGUGCGAACACCUGAUAGACGACUUACUGGCUGCUCAGAAGGAAAUCCUGUCCCAGCAGGAGGUCAUCAUGAAGUUAAGGAAAGACCUCACCGAAGCCCACAGCAGAAUGUCAGAUUUGAGAGGGGAGCUGAAUGAGAAGCAGAAGACGGAACUGGAGCGGAACGUGGCACUGGUCCAGCAGCAGAGCAAGGAGCUGAGUGUGCUCAGGGAGAAGAUGGUCCAGAUGAGCAGCCUGGUGGAAAAGAAAGACCGGGAGCUGAAGGCCCUCAAGGAGGCACUCAGGGCUUCCCAAGAGAAACACAGUCUCCAGCUGAACACAGAGAAGGAACAAAAGCCCAGGAAGAAGACCCAGACGCGUGACACCUCUGUGCAGAUAGAGCCAGUCCACACCAAGGUCUUCUCCAGCAGCCAAGAGGAGCCAUCCUUCAGCGACCUAGGGGUCAAGUGCAAAGGGUCCCGGCAUGAGGAGGUCAUCCAGCGUCAGAAAAAGGCCUUAUCUGAACUUCGAGCACGAAUUAAAGAACUUGAGAAGGCCCGCUCGCCAGGUCAUAAACACCACCUGAAUGAAUCAGUUCUAGAUUUAAAAAACCUCAGAAUGGAAAACAAUGUCCAGAAAAUACUGUUGGAUGCAAAACCGGAUUUGCCAACUCUCUCAAGAAUAGAGAUCCUAGCGCCUCAGAAUGGCCUUUGCAACACAACAUUCAGCUCAGCCAUGGAGAAGUCAGGGAAGAUGGACAUGGCUGAGGCUUUAGAGCUCAGUGAAAAGCUGUACCUGGAGAUGAGCAAAACCCUCGGAAGUCUGAUGAACAUCAAGGACAUGUCUGGCCACGUGUCCAUGAAAUAUCUCUCCCCCAAAGAGAGGGAGAGGGUCAACCAGCUUCGACAGAGGGACCUCGACCUGGUGUUUGAAAAGAUCACCCAACUCAAGAACCGGCUAGAGAGGAAAGAGGAGCUGUUGAGAGGAUACGAAAAGGAUAUUGAACAGCUCAGGCGGAGCAAAGUGUCCGUUGAGAUGUACCAGUCGCAGGUGGCAAAGCUGGAGGAUGAUAUCUACAAAGAGGCGGAAGAAAAGGCCCUGCUGAAGGAGGCCCUGGAACGCACGGAGCACCAGCUGUGCCAGGAGAAGAGGAUCAACAGGGCCAUCCGGCAGCAGAAGGAGCGUGCAGAGGAGCAUGAACCGAGAAACACAAAAGAAUCGACACCUUGCAACUGUGCCUUCAAAGAGAAAGACAGGCAGAGACGCGUAUUCGUAGAGAUGGUGAAGAACAGGAUGCAGAACUCAAAUUCCCAGGUUGGAACCAGAAAAGCCACCCUAAAGAGGGACCAAGAAAGAGAGAUGCUGAGAAAAGAGACCUCCAGCAAGUCCAGCCAGAGCCUUUUGCAUUCGAAGCCUCGUGGAAGGUACUAGAGAAACCUCAUCCCACCAGGCCUCGUGUGACCCUCUCUAGGGCAGGCCAUAUUGUACCAAUCUGGCUAAUGGCAGAUAAGGAAAAGUCCCUGUGGAGGGCUUCCCUUCCAGCUUCUCUAGGAGAAAGCAUUCACCCUUGGUCCCUUUGUCUUGUCUCCUUUCUCACCCCUGGAGCUCUGACUGGAAGCUGGAGCAGCCACCUUGGGGAUCAGCAGACACCAGCAGCAGGCCAAAGGAUAGUGGAAUGGAGGGGCAAGAAGGCCCGGGUGGGCACCCAGUGGCAUCGCUGAGCUCUGAAUCAUGAAUGAACUGCCUACCUCUGUACUUCCUGUUGUAUAAGACAAAUAAAUCCCUAUCU